CUAACCCCUAUACCCAAUGCGCGUGUACUAAACAAAACUAAUCAGUCAUUUGUUUACCGCAAACUGCAAUUAGUUAAUUAAUUAUUGAGUAAUUAAGUACUUGAGAGAUGGAAAAUAAAGAUAAUAAAAGAAAGUGGUACAAGCCAGCGCACAAUUCAAAUAAAAAAUCAAAGUUUUCUCUGGAGGUUGGACUCAGCGGGUUUCUGUGUACUUGCAACUUUCGGGAAAAAGAAUGUAUCCGAGAUACAUACAGAUUAUUAGAAGAGUUUGAUGGUAAAUUUAAUGAACCUGUUGAUGAAAAGCAAGAUGUUGAAGUCCACGGUGAUGAUCAAGCUCCUGAAGAGGAUGAAGACAUUUCAGUGUCACUGAAUAAAGAAAUUCAGGAACUUAAUGACGAAAAAAAGUCAAAACCGUUAAAAAAGUUUCAGUAUCUUGAAACAGGAGCUAAAAAUGUAAUUUUCAUCAGUACUAAAAUACCGGAUCCUCUGGAGCUGGGCUUGAAGAUAAUAAAAGAUAUAGCUGAGACUAAAAAACAAAAGAGCAGAUUUUUGUUACGUUUUAUACCAAUUCAAGUUGUCUCGAAAGCAAAUAUCAAUGAUAUAAAAGCAAAAGCUACAGUAUUGUUUGAAAAAUACUUUGCUCAGGAACCGAAAACUUUUUCAAUCGUCUUCAAUCGUCAUUACAAUAAUACAAUUAAAAGAAACGAUGUAAUUGAAGAAAUGGCAGCGAUUGUAAUGGAAAAGAAUCCUGGUAACAAAGCGGAUUUAAAAAACCCAGAAGUUGCUGUUAUUGUUGAAAUAAUAAAGAGCUGGUGCUUCUUGUCAAUUGCACCUGAGUAUUUUAAGUAUAAAAAGUAUAAUAUAUAUGAGCUUUGUAAUGAUAAUAAGGAGAAAGAGGGUAAAGAGCCAGGACCAGAUGCUGAAGACGGUGGAGGCGAUGACGAUGCAGAGGAACAAGACAAAGAAACUGAUGGACAAGAUGACAAAGUUGAUUCUAGUGAAGUUGACAAUUAAUAAGACUAAUGUUUAAUACAUUUACAUAAUUCCAUUUAAUUAUAAGUGUUGAAAUAUAUGUAUUUUUCAUUUAAUACGUAUUAUAUUUAAAUAUUAAUAUCACGUACUCAUUAAAUAUAAAUUAUUUGUCGAUA